AUGACUUCUCAAACCUCCAGACACGGUGACACACCUCAAGUUCACGUCGAAAAGACUCCGUACGCCAAUGCCUACCAGUCCCGCUACACCGAAGAGGUUCUCAACGCCGGUGGUAAUGAAGCAGCUAGAAGCACUCCCGUUGCUGACUUGGACGUUGAUCUCCUGCGUCACGUCAAUUGUGGAUAUCUCUCAACACAUGGACACGCGCCUACACUACUCGCUCUCAAGCAACAUGCGCAAGCGCUGGCUAUACUUAUUGCUCAGAUUGCACCUACAACCCAGUACGCCGAGGUUGACAAUCAAAACAAUCGCGUGGGGCGCAUCAUGAAGUCGUUUAGAGACAACGAGGCCUUUGACUGGCUCAACGACUUGAGAAAUCCAUAUCAGAACGACGAUGAGUGGCAUCACAAGCCCCUGACUGAUCUCAUGAACAAGAUACAGCACCAGUCGGACACCCAGCACACCAUUCAUCAUUGCCCUCUACAAGAGCACAACGAAGACAAGGAGAAGAGGACGAAGCCUCGUCCCUAUGCCUCGCACGCCGCUCUAGCAUUUCACGCAAACGAGUGUCUCGAGGUACUAGAUCACGAGUACGGUGCCACGGGAGGCCUUUUGUCCCUCCUACCUACCGAUGCUGAGACUGACUCAGAAGAGAUGAGCGCCGUACGCAACAGCCUCCUGGGCCAAUGGCUCCUCUUUGGCCAGCAUCUUGUGGCCCGCAUGCACGAUCUGGAGCUGGGUUACGCCAACGCGCUCGACGUCACCGCAGGCGAGGCCGCCGUGCCGAUGCAAAUGCUAUCCAAGAUGGGACCCGACGCCUCGUCCGGGCGCGAGAUCGCCUUUCCCCAGGACAAGUGGAUCCUUGCAAACGCGGGCGACGACGUCUCUGACUACCUGCACCGGGUGUUGGACCGGGAGGAGGCGCAGAUCCAGCAGAAGAAGGAGAUCUGGAUGGCCAACGGCACUUACGGCGAGCGAAUGUGGAACGAGCAGCGCGGCGGCGAUCUUUACGCGCGCGGCCUCGUCUUUUACGACGUCAAGACGCGGUAUUACAGGUUGCAGGGCAAGGGCAAGAGCACAAUCUUCAUCCUGCCCGCGCACGGCGAACACCCGGCAGUGCAGCAGACGCGGCGCCUCGAACUCACGCCGACGGUGGUCUCGGUCGUGACCCCGACGUGGCCGGCGCGCGUCUCGGACUGGGAGAGCAAGUACAAGAGCCAGCUGGACGAGGCGACGCGGAUGGAGAUCCAGAACCACCGCCUCACGACCUCGGGCGCAGCGCUCAAGGAGCACAACGAGACGCUCGCGACGGAGCUGGAGAAGGCGCGGUUUAUGAACGAGCAGUUUGAAACGUACUACGGCAGGUCCGAGUCGGCGGAUGGGCCGAGGAAUCUGGAGAGGGCGAUUGCGGUACUCCAGAAGGACUUGAGGGAUAAGACGGACGAGCUCAAGGUGUUGGAGAUGAUGGUCAAGGAGGUUCGGGACAAGUUGCCGGGCCGGUAUGGCGGCUUCUUUGCCGAUAUGCUGCCUGAGGAGCCGGAGGGCGCGAUUUCUGGUGCGUCUGUCGAGGCGGCUGAGCAGGUCUAG